CGUUAUUCUUGCAUGAACCACAAAAUCCUACCUUGAAAUCUCAAUAGGGGAUUAUGUAUGCACACAUACAAAGAAGAGUUCUCCCAUGUAUGACAAAUCAAAGAAGACCUGGAGUCAAAGGCUCAAAAUCCACAAAAACGAAAAAUCACAAAACUCAACAAAUAACGGCUCCGCAUCGGUAACAGCAUCAGUUUCAAGUGAUUCCCCUACAACGCCAAACUUGCCAACAACGUCGCUAUCGUUUCGCCAGCAGCCAACACAAGGCGUAGAAGCAUCGUGCAACACUCACGUUGCACAGAAUGCAAACAUAUCCUCGGUUCGGUUACCCUUUGCUCAGCAAUAUCAAAUAACUCCGGCCGCCAUUAUGCAUUUACCCUUAAGCGAAUAUCAUGGAGGUGGUAUUGGCGGCGGAGCAACGGGCCCGGUUUAUGAUUAUAUGACGGGACGCACUAUGAAAUAUGCUGCCGAACCAUGGAUUUAUGGUACGGUACGCGGUGUACCGGUUAGACCAGCCGGCAUCUAUCAUCCAGCAUAUGGCCAUUUUGCUGCCGGCCAUCCGCAUGCUGCUGCCAUAUUUGCCCCCACCGAACGUCCACCACCAGCUGCCACAGCCACGCCAGCAGUGGCGGUGGUUCUUUGCUCAUGUCCCGAGUACCUGAGCGGCACGAAGGGCCGCACUCUCAAGAAGGCAAGUAUCUGUAAGAAAUGUAAAGGCACUCGUCUGCCAUUGGCCAAUUUGGGUGGCACCGUCCGUGUUCAGGGCAGCGUGCCCAUAAUGCCGAAAUUAAGACCAGUUGGUCCAUCGGCAACGGUGCGUGUGGUGAGUAGCAGCAAAAAGCAAAGGCCCACUAUAUUGGAUCCUCAAAAAGAUCCCUACGAUUUAAUGCGCCGCACCCGAUUACUCUCGCCGGAACCAGGCAGCUCUGCAAAGUCUUCCAUAGCAGCUGGCAGUGGUGGUGGUGGCGGCAGCAAAGAUAAAUCACGUAAUCGCGGCAAAAGUGCCAGCCCUGUUAGGGGUCGAUCUCGUACCAGAAAUCAACAAAAAGCUUUAUUAACUACCAGCCACGACAGUCCGAAAGCUGUUUUGGAAACUUUAGAUGAUUCCUGGUUAAUGGAAUCGGAAGAUAUGACAGCUGGGACUUCAGCCAGCAGUCAUUCGCGUAAAUCCAUAUUACGUUGUAAUGUUAAUCCUUAUGACCUGAUCUCAGUAAAUGCCCAAAUUCCUGCCGGCUCAUCGUCGGGAGAAUUCUAUAACUCAGGGCCCUCUAGCAGCGGCUCUCCACAAGAGAGCAGCAAAAAAUCCCUGAGAAAACAAAAACUGCAAUUCUCUCAGAAUGAGUUUAUGCCACCAAAUGAUGAUUUCAAUGUUCAAGAUGCUGCCCUGCUGGAGGAUGAGCCGCCGCCUUUUGUAAGGCCGUCGACAACAACAACAACCACAUCGAAACAACAAAAACUGGAAACCUCAAGGAAAACGGAAGAGGUCCAAUCCGCCUCCGUAGUUUUGUCUCAAACCAAUAAGAAUAAAAAGCCCAACUAUGCCAAUGUCCAGGCCAUUGCUGGGCAGCGUAUUAGCCUGGGAGAAUCUGGCCAAACUCCCAAAUCCUUAAGGCAACAAACGAGUAACGAAAGUGGGACUCAGAAAAAAUCCAAAGAAACUGAAGUGUCCCCGGCGGGAGGUUCCCCCAAACAAGACAAGGCAAACCGCCCAGACUCUCUGCAGGUUGGGUCAAAUUCAAACUCGAACAGUGGGGAACCUAAGAGGCCGCCACGGACAAACAAAACUAACAACACCAACAACAAGCAUCAGGAUGAAAUGCAGGAGAUCAAAUCCACUCCAGAUGUGUCUGAAGAAGAAGAACUGACAGUUACUGUUACGGUAACACCAACCUAUAAUAUUAAAUCAAUUUUGAAAAGACCCACAUCCAAGACCUCGGAAUGUGGUGAGACCGUCUCUCAAAGCGAUAAACCAUCACCGAGCAACAAUAACUCCACAUCAUCAAGCAAAUCAAAGGAAAGCGAUUCCCAAACGACAGGAACGCCCACAAAUGCAAGACGUAAUCAGGCAGGCAAUAACACCAAUGCCGGUACUGCCAAUUCCCAAUUUUAUGUUUCCUUGCCUCAGGCGCGCAAAAAGGUUCAAUUUAUGGUCGAGGAAGAAUACGCCGAAACCGAAACGGAACCCGAGGAGGCAAACAAUGAUAGUGAGCCAGACGAGAAUGAAGACAACACGACUGAUAUCUGUUAUGAAUAUUAUGAACGUAAGCGAAGUAGCAAGAGAUCGGGGGAGGGACACAAAGAAGACGACGAAGAGUCGGAGGAACAGGACGAAGAAACUUUAGAUCAGCAUGAAGUUCAAAUUCAUUAUGAUGAACAGUUCAUACAAGCCAUGUUGCUAGAGAAGUUACAGUUAGAUUCGGAAAUGGUAACAAAGCAGCAACAACAACAACAACAACAUCAACUUUACAAUAAAACCACUCUGCACAUAAACGAAAAUCAUUCAGCUGAAAAAGAAGUAGAUGACGACAAUGUAGAGGAAGAGGAGGGCGAGGACGUGGACGAAGUCGAGGAGCAUGGAGACCACGAAACUAGUGUAGAUGCUGAUGCUGAUGAUGAUGCUGAUGAGGCAACAAAUAUGGAAUUCCAACUAGAUUAUGAGAAGUUAUUUGCCACAUUGUCACAACCACCACUACCACCAACAUUACCCGUUAACGGGAAUGGCGAUACAAAUGCAUCCAUUCUCAACAGCACAGCAACAGCUACAAUUGUUUCAAAUAAAGUGUCCAUAAACCAGCAGGACCAGCAACUGCAUGGCAGUCCCAACACAAUCAAGCAAUCUGUGACAACCACAAAAGGGUCGUUGGAAACCACAAGCACCACGACAGUAGAGAGUUCUUGCCAAGCAAAUGUAGCUGCAGUACCAGCAACAGCAGUCAGCCAAGUCAACGAUAUCAAAGGGCAAGCCAGCGAUGAUGAUGGUGAUGAUAGUGACAACAACGACAGUGCCAAUGCUGCUGCCACCACUGUUGAUGGUGGUGGUGGGGCGAUGGAAGAUAUCUCCAACCAAGACAAAAACGGCACGGUCUUAAUAGAUGACAGUGAUAAUGAUGAUUAUGGUUCGGCUCCUGCUGAUGUCGUUCCUCCAGCUACCGUGUCUACUGUUGCUGCUACUAAUGCUCCGGCCGAGUCUAAAGACAACAAUUUUCAACAUAAAACUGCUGACAAUAUGGCCAAAGUCAGUUGCAGUCCAUCAUCAUCGUCGUCAUCAACUCAGUUUGGUAGUGCUGACACCGUAGAACUACCCAUUACUCCGACAACAGCCGACAACAAUCACAACAAUAAUGGCGCUGUGAAUGAUGAUGCCGGUGAAGCUGACGACAGCAAUGUUGGCAAUGUUAAUGUAUUGCUGUCGCCUCCUUCGUCAUCAUCAUCCGGCCUAGCAUCGAAAGUUCCCUAUUAUGGAACAGCUAACAAAUCAACAACUCCUGAGGCAAAGCUAGUUACUGCCAAGCAUAACAGCAGCAGCAACAGCAACAACAACGACAACAAUGAUGAUGUUUACGAUGAUGAUGCCCUGGACAAUGCCACUGCUGGAACUGUUCUUUGUGGAGAUGUUGCAAGGAGUACUGCCGAUGUCAGAGCCAAACAAAAAUGCAGCUCUAAGAAAACGAAAAAGAAUAUGCAAACACUUGCAGCACCAGAAGUUACUGAUAACAGGCGAACUUCUGCCACCCAAGGCAUUGCUGAUGAAGAAGAAGUAGCACUAGAAGCAACUGAUAAAUGCGGUAGUGUUGGGGUGGGUGUGGGAGUGGGCGUUGGCAUAAAACUAACAAAAGAGACACAAUCACGAAAAGCCAUCAGACGUUCGCAAAGCGAAAGGCAACCAAACACUAUGACAUAUCUGAGCCACAGCAGCAACAACAACAAAAACAAAACUGCCAAUGUCGAUGGCAAUGACAACAAACAAACUGCCAUUAUUAAGCCAGAUAUUAGCCAUGACCUGAAGGAUAGUCCAAGCAAAAGGGUUGGUGGAAAUUCGAAAAUAAAUGGCAGCAACACCAGCCAUGCUAGAGUUCGGGACAAACGCUGUGAAUUGAAUUUUCAAGAUACCAUGGCAUUACGCAAACGUUCCCAACGCCUAGAUAGCCGAGAUUUAUUCACAACAAUGACACCUCUGGAAAGGCCAAAGGAUCCUCCACCACCACCGCCACCAACAUCGUCAUCACUAGAAGCCACAAUACCUAAGGCUGCUCAUUUGGAGAAGACAUUAAAUGAAGAAUCGGCCAUGGAAACUUUUCAACAAAAUCUUAAGAGCUUCGGCAAUAAAAGCACUAGCACUACCAUCAUAAGCACCGACAUGCCAGCUGAACAAUUAAACCAAAAAUUCUAUGAUAACACCAAGGAGCAAGGCAGCAAUAAGACAACAACAAUAACGACGACGACGACAACAACACAAACAAAUGGUAGACAAGGCCCAAGGAAUUCAAUUCCAUCCACUUCGGUUGUGGGCAAAACCAAACCUCCACCUCAACGUACUGUGGUCCGAGUUGCUCCCUUUAAUCAAAAUGGCAACUCAUUUGAGGUCCAUCGCCUUAAGAUUACCCACACAGAUGUACAUAACACAGAAGCCACCAACGCCACUAUCAUGCCGAAUUCACCCAAAACUCCCAAUACUCCGCCGCACAACAUUUCCACAUCUUCGCAUUACAGUGUCACCGAUUUAUCGACCCUUAGUGAUUUUGGCGAAUAUGGCCAAAAGAAGACCUCCAUUCUAAUUACCGGUGAUGAUUGCUACAGUACCAUGAAUCUGAGCUGUGAUGAUGCCUCCACACCGCUUUACCAAUCAUCGGUGGUGGUCAAUGAUGACUCAAACAAAGAGGUGGACGUUGGCGUUCAAAUGUUGAAUACCUUCAAUACGGUAACCAUAAAUGUAAGCAGUCCCCGGAGCAGUGAAGAUGAACUAAUACAACAACACAAUCAAUUGAACAAUCUGCUCAAGAAACAGGCCAAAUUGUCAUCGGCCUCGACCAGUACCAGGGCCAUAAUACCCAUACGCGGCACGGUAGAUAUUAAUUUGCAACGUUCGGCCUCGUCGACCUCAUCCAAUUCCACUAGUUCAAUGACUAGCAGUUGUAGUUCGGCUUCCUCUUCGACCGGCUGUACGACAAAGCGUGGUAAAACCCUUAUACGUUUAGAUUAUGAUAAAGAGAAGUUCAUGUCUUCCUCCACCACCUCGACAUCUUCUUUCCAAUCGCCCUCAUCCUCGGCCUCAAGUCACAUGGAAUCUUCACCAUCACCCGUUGAAGAGGAGGUAGAGGAAAGCGAAUCUUUGCUUAAAUCAGCAGCUGAGGAAACUGAAUGGCUACCUCACGAGGCAGAACUUUUGAAAAUCCUACGUAACCCUGUAGAGGCUGUGAAACGCAACUUGGUACCCCACAUUUGCAAGUUACGUGAAGGCGAUACCCAAAAAGAUUUAAAACGUUCCAAGAAAAUGAAAGUUGGUCUCCAAGACAUGCCCCUAGAAAUGCCUAAAAAAUCCAACAAUAAUUCAAGAUCUCCCAACACCACCACUUCCGGCUUUGAUGCCAACUCCUUUAUAGGUAAACUCCUAGAAGAUCCCAUGCUCAACCAAGUGGCUGAGGGUCUGGAAAAUGACAUCGUUUGUGAACUGAUCGAGAACUCGUUGAAACGUCUACAGGAGUCACGCAGUUCCUUGGAUAUGAGCGGUACCAAAGACAAUGAUGACAUGAAUCGGCUAAUUGACCUCUCGCUCAAACGUCUACGCGAAGAGAGGCAACAAUCCAAGGCUACCACACCCAUCAAUAACAAUCUCCUCACUGUUCCCCUUGUAACCAAAGAUGAAGAACGUCUCUCGAAUCGUGGUAGCAUCAGCUCGGCCAAUAGCUUUGCCUCCGCCCAUAAUUAUGAGCUAUUCGAUUUUGAGGCCAACGAAUCGGAUUGCUAUCAGAGUUGUUCCAGCGAAAUUAAUUCCCAGCUGGAUGAUGACAUUGCCUCACCCGAAACUAAAUCCAAAUUCUAUCAAAUGCUUGUCGAUGCCACGCUACAGGAAAUCGAGUUGUCCACCAACACCGAAGAUUUGAUACCCGAUGAUCAUCAGUACGAAUCAAUACGCCACAAUUGUGAUCCAAUUUAUGAAGAAAUUUCCGAUGUUCCGCCACCUUUACCGUUGACCGCUCCACCUCUAAAUGACCCCGAGUUGGAGAAGAAAUCGGCCCGAUCCAUAUUUGAAGGAGCCUCUAAAUAUGACAUACUCUCAUAUUUGGUCGAUGCCAAGGAACGUGGUGUGGUCAAGGAGGAGGCAUUUGAUUUUCCCCUCAACUGUUCCAAUCCCAUCAUCAUUGAAGAAGAAUCCUCCGAUACUCUCAGCGACUUGGGCAAAUUAAAUAAACUCAAACGUUUGGACACCAUUAGUUCUCGUUCCUCGAUACUAAGUGAUUCCUCAGAGGACAACCAGUGUUCAUUGUCACCACCCACCAAUGCAGCCACCACCUUCAAUCUUUUACGCCACAAACACACCUCAAGCGAUAUUGAACGUAACGACUCGGGUGUGGGUUCGGAAACUAGUAAAACAUCACGUAGCAAAUUUUUAAAUCCGUCCUCAAUUACCUCGUCGUUUUCUUCCACCACCUCCUCAACCCACUCACCCCAGCAACGCAGUAGCCCCUUGCAUUUGUGCGAAGACUGUGAUGGGCCCGUGGAAACUCAACUGGGUGAGGAUGGCAUCAUCUUCGCCCCGCUCGUAUGUCGCAAAUGUGGCAAGAAACGUGUCGAACGCAAGGAAAUCUUAACGGAAAUUGUGGAAACCGAAGAGAAAUAUGGCCGUGAUCUGCAAAUAAUCCUGGAGGAGUUCUGCCACCCGAUGCUGGUGGCCGGUCUACUAACGCAGGAGCAACUCUCCGCAAUCUUCUUAAAUACCGAAGAACUGCUCGAGAAUAAUCAGGCACUGGCCGAGCGUAUGCGUGACGCCCUCGAUAUAGCCCUGGAACAGGGUGAUGACGAUCUGCUUACGGUGAAUAUUGGUAAAAUAUUCCUGGAAUCUACGCAAAUGUUGCAUGCCUUUGAAAGCUAUUGUGUACGCCAGGCGGGUGCCAGUCUGCUGUUGGCCAACUUGGAAAAGGAUAAGGAGCUGUUGCGCAUCUUUCUGAAAGUGUCACAAAUGGAAAAUGCUGUACUGCGACGAAUGAAUUUGAAUUCAUUUUUGAUGGUACCCGUUCAACGUGUCACCAAAUACCCCUUGCUCUUGGCUAGACUUUAUAAGGUAACACCUGCCCAUCUGGAGGGUCGUGAGCUCCUUAAACAGGCUCAGGAAAAAAUCGAAUUGCAUUUAAAUCACAUUAAUCAAGAGGCCAAAGAUGUCCCCACGAAGCUAUGGCGUCGCAUUUCCUCCUCCAGUCCCAAUCGCCGGGCAUCCUGUGAAAUUGAUAUGAUUAAUAUCAAGUUGAGGAAAAUGGCCAUUGACGUCCUGGAAUGGAAUCAUGAUGAGGUGCGUUUUGUAAUGGAGGGGAAGCUGUUGUAUACCCAACCGACAGAUAGUAAUUGGAAAAAGGCCCGUACCAUUAAGCUGACAUCGGCCAAUGCAAUGUUGGUGACCAAUGGAAAGGUAAGUGGGAAUUUUGGAAAUCUGGAGGAUAUUU